ACGGCUAGGUUAAAGUAAUUUGGAGGGUACGAGAUUUGACAGUAGUGAAUGUUUCUUUUUGUAUUUAGUGUGAAUCAAAGGUAUUUGGUUGGAGAGAGAGGAAAGGGUUCGCAUUCGAACUAGGGUUUAGGGCAGAUUACGGUAACCAAUGACUCGCUUGAGCUCCGACCGUGUUCUCAGGGAUAACAACACUCGUGACCCUUCAACCAUUGAAGCUCUCACUCUCAACCAUAGAGCUCUCUCCGAUGUCUCGUGCUUGAAGGACUUCAAGAUCUUGGAGAGGCUUGACCUAAGGCUCAACAAUCUCACUUCUCUUGAGGAUUUGAAGCUGUGUACAAAUUUGAGAUGGCUAUCGGUCACGCAGAACAAAUUGGAGAGCUUGAAAGGAAUUGAAGCACUUACUCAGCUCACUGUCUUAAAUGCAGGCAAGAAUAAGCUUAAGUCUAUGAAUGAGGUCCGAUCAAUUACAUCUUUACGAGCAAUAAUUUUGAAUGAUAAUGAAAUUAGUUCAAUUUGCAGGCUUGAUCAAAUGAAAGAAUUGAACACGAUUGUUCUAUCGAAAAACCCCAUUGGUGAAAUUGGCGACUCUUUGAUAAAUGUAAAAUCUUUGACAAAGCUUUCUCUUUCUUAUUGCCAGAUUCGAAAUAUCGGUGCUUCACUCAAGUCUUGUGUUGAACUAAAAGAACUGAGACUGUCUCAUAAUGAUAUCAAGAGUCUUCCAGCUGAGUUGGCAUAUAACAAAGAUAUACAGAACUUAGAUUUGGGAUAUAAUGCUAUCACAACAUGGUCAGAUGUAAAGGUCCUUAAUUCUUUUGUUAGCCUGAAAAAUCUGAAUUUGCAAGGGAACCCUAUCGCUGACCAUGAAAAAUCAGUGAAGAAGGUACAAGUCAUCAUCUUAUUUUCAUUAUUUUAUCUCUGUUUCAACGUAUUGUGCCUUGUUAACUUGAUUCUUACAAAAACAAUUCUAUUGCAGAUCAAAAAUACUUUCCCAAACUUGCAUGUGUUCAAUGCGAAACCAACGAACAAACGCACCAGAAAUGACUUGGAUUCUUCUGUUGCCGCUGACAAAGAUCCAGAUACUCAAACAGAAGAAAUGAGAGAUCAUGUCAACCGCAAGAACUCUAAAUAUUCUGUCGUGGAUCAGGAUAGUCCAAGUGAUUUUGUUACUAAGAAGAAAGUGAAGGGGGGAAACGAUGGAACAAGAGACAAUGCAGCAGAACUUCCUUCUCACAAUGAUGAGAAGAGAGAUCAUGUCAAGGCUAAGAAAUCAAAACACCAAAAUCCUGAUCUGGAAAGAAAGUCGAAACAGGAAAGUGAAGAACAGGUUGACAAGCUGCAAAAGAGAAAAGUGACAUUCAUAGAGAAAGAUGAUGCUAAGGUGAAGAAACUACCAAAAACAUCAAAGACAAAACGGAGUGACCUGGAUAUUAUUGAUGACAGUGAGGCUUCAUUCAUGGAGCUUGUGUCAAAUGUUGGCGGAGAAGUUCCCGACUUCAAAAGGGAAAAGAAGUUUACUGACAAGUCUGGAGGUGUCAUAGUAACCUUCCCAGGUAAGACGAAGAAAGCGAAAUCCCAAAGUACAGGUUUUGUUUUAAGUCUCUCACCCGAAGUUGAAGUUGGAGUCGGUGGCCCGUCAACAUGGGGGGAUUAGUCAGUCAAUGUUAUGUGAGGCAUAUUGGAAAAUGCACUGAAUCUUUUUGGCCAAGUUCUUUUUUUCUUAAAAAAAUUGUACUCUAUUUGCCGUUGCUCAUUUUGUGUACGAGUAUUUUAGUAACUACAAUAUUGCAAAUUGGAAGAGAAAUGCCUUAUUAAAGUGGGGUUGGAGUUUCAGUUUAAAAUCCAUUGAGAGGCAUAGUCUUGUUGUUUAAUCCGUGCUGUUCAUGAGAUUAUUAUUUCUAAUAUAGAAUAUUUAGAAUGCUCUCUCU